AUGUCACCUGUUCCUAAUUUAGAGAAAUCAUACCACGGUGUUAGCUUCCCAGACAGCAAGUGUAUUUAUAGUUUGUCCACGUUCACUUCUAGACCAAACCCAAUCUAUCAAAAUUUGGAUGACUCUGAGGAAGAUCAACCUCGGAGUAAAUAUCCCCGAGCUCCAAAAAUUUUGUUCCCAGCCUCCGGCCCUCUGCAGUCUCCCUCUCCAUCCUCCCAACUCCAACUCCAACCUCUAGCCCCAGUGGAUUACCAGACGCUUACCACUCUGCAGUCUCCCUCUCCAUCCUCCCAACUCCAACCUCUAGCCCCAGUGGAUUACCAGACCACUUUUAGCAACCCAACCAGCUACCAGACUCUGCCCACCCCAGCCAGCUGCCAGUCUCCGCUGCCCUACCCCAACAGCCAACCCAUUACCUUCUCUGCUGAAGAUUUUCAGUUGCUCCUCCAGUCAUUCGUGCCAGUGGCUUCUGCCGGUACUCCUCGGUGUGCACCCAAUUUCUCUCCAGAAGACUCAAGAGACUCCGCCAGGCAGCUUUUAAAAGAUGUAACCUUGCAGAAACUGCUCACCACGGUCACAGAGUUGACUAAGGAGGUGAGGGACCUGCGGCAGGACUUCAGAGAGUUCCGCCAGUCCUGUAGGUGUGGCCAAAGUGCUGGGGUGGUGGGCUUGACUGAAGAGCCACUGCAACUGCCUCUACACUGUAUGGAGGAGCUGGAGAACGCAGAGGUGAUACUUCAGUCCCAGGAGGCUAGAAAGGCAAUGGUGGCCCACUUCACAGUUAUUGGGGGGACCACCCUGGAGAUCAGGGUCCGGCGCAUGCUGGCAUACAGCAUGACCAAUGAGCUGGCCUCAGGCCUAAACUGGGCUGGCAAGAAGAACAAGGAUGUGGCCAAACAGAAGCGGCCCUUUAAAGAAAUGGCUCUCUGCAAAUGCAUGUUUGAUGCACUGACUCAACGACUGAGUACGGCAAAUACUUAUGAAUUCGCACAAGCUGUGCAGAAGUGGCUGCGCUACGCCCCAGACCGAGCUGGAGGAGCUGGACGACCGACGCAGAGUUAGCGUUAAAAGAAAAAAAAAAGAAACAAUACAAUAAAAACUAUUGUUUAUUUUAAAAAAAAUGCGUGGGGUGUCAUAAUUGUGCUAGUCUAGGCUAAAGCCUUAAGAUCUGCUAUAGUUUCUCUGUUCUAUAUGUUGCUAGCCCAUAUCCUGGCUGUCGAUAAAGCAGGAUUAAAAUAGCCUAAUAAUAUUUGUAAUAUAUUAAUUUAGACCUUCAGAUUAAACCUAUACUAAAAUAGCCUACCAUUGAAGUUUCGUUGAUAUGCUGGGAUUUCAACAUUGUUUCAAUAUCCAUUGUAAUCGAAAUACCAUUGAAAUCCUGUUGAUCUCUAGGUAUGAUUUCGUUGCUUCAAUGAUA